AUGGGCAUCGUGGAGCUAGGCUGCGGAGACAUGCUAACGGGCACCGAGCCGAUGCCGGCGAGCGACGAGGGCCGGGCGCCAGGCGCCGACCCGCAGAACCGCUAUUUCUACCCGGAGGCGGGCGCGCAGGACGCGACCGACCGUCGCGGGGGUGCCAGCCUGGGGGCGCCCUACGCCGGGGGCGCCCUGGUGCCCGCCCCGCCAGGCCGCUUCCUCGGAGCCUACGCCUACCCGCCCCGGCCCCAGGCCGCCCCCGGCUUCCCCGGGGCGACCGAGCCCUUCCCGCCGACGCCGGGCGCCGAGGGCUACCAGCUCGGGGACGCCUACUCGGCUCCGGACCCGCGCGCCGCACUCUACCCGGGGCCGCGCGAGGAUUAUGCACUGCCGGCGGGGCUGGAGGUGUCCGGGAAGCUGAGAGUUGCGCUCAACAACCACCUGUUGUGGUCCAAGUUCAAUCAGCACCAGACGGAGAUGAUCAUCACCAAGCAGGGACGACGGAUGUUCCCAUUCCUGUCAUUUACUGUGGCUGGGCUGGAGCCCACCAGCCAUUACCGGAUGUUUGUGGAUGUGGUCUUGGUGGACCAGCACCACUGGCGGUAUCAGAGCGGCAAGUGGGUGCAAUGUGGAAAGGCCGAGGGCAGCAUGCCAGGGAACCGCCUGUACGUCCAUCCAGAUUCCCCCAACACCGGAGCCCACUGGAUGCGCCAGGAGGUGUCGUUCGGGAAACUAAAGCUCACGAACAACAAGGGGGCUUCCAACAAUGUGACCCAGAUGAUUGUGCUUCAGUCCCUCCAUAAAUACCAGCCCCGGCUGCACAUUGUCGAAGUCAACGAUGGAGAUCCAGAGGCGCCCUGCAACACGCACGUCUUCACUUUCCAAGAAACCCAGUUCAUUGCCGUGACCGCCUACCAGAACGCCGAGAUUACUCAGCUGAAAAUUGAUAAUAACCCUUUUGCCAAAGGAUUCCGGGAGAACUUUGAGUCCAUGUAUGCAUCCGUUGACACCAGCGUCCCCUCCCCGCCUGGACCCAACUGUCAACUGCUCGGAGGAGACCACUAUUCCCCUCUCAUCCCCAACCAGUAUCCCGUCGCCAGCCGUUUCUACCCCGACCUUCCUGGCCAGGCCAAGGAUGUGGUUCCCCAGACUUACUGGCUGGGAGCCCCCCGGGACCACAGCUACGAGGCCGAGUUUCGCGCUGUCAGCAUGAAGCCUGCAUUCCUGCCCUCCGCGCCCGGGCCCACCAUGUCCUACUACCGAAGCCAGGAAGCCCUGGCGUCUGGAGCAGGCUGGCCUGUGGGCUCCCAGUACCCUCCCAAGGUGGGCCCAACCAACUGGUUCCACUCCAUGCGAACUCUGCCCAUGGAACCUGGCCCUGGAGCCUCAGAGGGGCGGGGGCCAGAGGAGCAGGGCUCCCCCUCCCUGUGGACUGACAUUGCCCCACUCCGGCCGGAGUCCAGCAACUCAGGACUGGGCGAAGGAGACUCUAAGAGGAGGCGUGUGUCCCCCUAUCCUUCCAGCGGUGACAGCUCCUCUCCUGCGGGGGCCCCUUCUCCUUUCAAUAAGGAAACUGAAGGCCAGUUUUAUAACUGUUUUUCCAAUUGAGCAGAUGACGUGAGACGAAAAGGAAGAGCGUCGUUAGGUUGGUGACGCCAACCACACCACAA